CGAUCGCCAACGAAAUCCUCCCGUAUUUCGCAACGCCGACGGCUCAACCACUCCCGCACCACCACCACCAGCAGCAGCAGCAUGCGCCCCGGCCUCUCCGCUCCAUGACGACCCCGCCCCAGCUCCUCCUCACCGCCCAAUCGGCCGCCGCGCUCCUCGUCCUCCUCGGCCCCACCGCCCGCGCGCGCAAGCGCCUGCGCCGCGACGAGGCCGGCUCCGCCUCGGACGCCGAAGCGACCGACCCCGACCCCGACCCCGACCCGGCACCGCAGCAGGCGACACCUGCCGCGGCCCCGGAGCAGGAGACGCCACAUCCGGCGGCGGCGGCGAACCUGCCGCUGCCGCUGCCGCCCACGAGCCUGGACGACUACCCGCUCGCGUUCCGGGUCUCGGCGCCCACCUUCCACUUCCUCUCGGGCCUGCUCGACCCGCUCCUCUCCCACCCUUCCCUCCCGUCCCCGGUGCUCCUCGCGCUCGCGCUCGCCCGCCUCGCGUCGGGGCUGCCCUACCCGGCGCUCGCGGCGCUCUUCCGCGUCCCGCCCUCCGCCCCCCGCGCCGCCUCCCGCCGCCUCCGCCGCGUGCUCCUCGCCAAUUUCCGGUUCUGGCUCGCCUUCCCCUCCGACCCUACCAGCGCCUAUUCCGCCCCGCUCCCCUCAUGCCGCGGCGCGCUCUGCUGCGCGCGAUUCGCCGGUCCUACCGGCCCGCUCGCCGCGCAGCUCGUGGCGGGCGCCUCUUCCCGUGUGCUCUCGCUCGCCGCGGGAUUCCGCGGCGACCGCACGGACCUCGGGGUGCUCAGGCUGUCCUCGCUGUAUCAGGAGGUCGAGCAGGGGAAGUUGCUUGACUCCCAGCAGUACUUGGUCGGGGAUGGGGGUGGGUACCCGCUGCUGCCCUGGCUCAUGGUGCCGUUCCCAGGGCCUGUGGUGCCUGGCUCCACUGAGGCGGAGUUCAAUGCUGCGCACAAGGCAAUGUGCCGCCCGGUGAGGCGUGCUAUCCGGAGCUUGAUGGGAUGGGGAGCCAUCGCUAGGCUCCGCGAGGAGGAAAGCUCUCGAGCAGCUGUGGCAUGCAUUGGGACAUGUGCGAUGCUUCACAAUGUGUUGCUGACUAGGGAGGAUUACUCUGCAUUGGCGCCAGAUGUUGAGGAGGCAGAGAGUGAUUUGGGGGAAAUGCACAGCCAUAGAGAUGACGCCGGUGCCGGAGCAGAAGGACUCGAGGUUGAUGGCCGUGCAUUGGCGUUGCGGAGUGCAUUAGCAGCAACAAUGAAGGACCUGCGAGCGCCUGACUAGCGAUGGUGAUUGUUUCACAAUUUCUGUCAUUGUCGAUUUCGAUUCUUUUUAAUCAUAUAUAGUUUGUGUAGUGGUGAAUAUUUUGAUUCAAUUGGAUUUGUCACUCUUCAGUUAGUUGCUUGCUCAAUGAAUGAAGAAAGAAAUUAGACUGUCACUUGACGCAUCUUUGGAUUUGAAAUUUUGAAUA